AUGGUCAUGGUCCAUGCCGAUUUGUCGCUGCACUACGUUCUGGAGGAUUUGCUAGCCGCCAUGGGUGUCCAUGGACUCUUCAACGACAUUACGCCCAAGUUCGUCGUCGAGUUUAAAACCCCGUGGGCGUUUCGGUUCGAGGACUUGUUGACGCAUUGGGAUCAGCACAAGAACAAUAACGGCGACAAGGUUGUCAAGGCGAUAGCCCAGUUGUAUGGGUACAUGACCUUCAACGUUUUGCGAUACGGCGCCUUCACCACAUGCACAAAGACGUGGUUUUUCAAGAGAAUCUACGAACAAGCGGGGAGCGGGAGGCUCGAAGUUGCCGGACCUUAUGACGAGCAAGAUAGCGCUGCACUGUUGACAGCAUACCUCGCAGUUCUACUGGAAGUCGACGAGGAUUGGCUUUACGUGUCGCCAUCUGCUAUCCCGUCACGACCCAGUAGAGGUCAGCUUCAAGCACGGCAGCUUGAUCUUGGAGCUACUAUUGACAUCACGGCCAUCAGUUUUGGACAAGGCAGAGCUCGGUCUCGAAUUGGCUGUGUGGGGAAGGAACCUUCGUAG